CACUCCUCUCUCCACAUGCUGAGGGUUUCAUUUGUUCUGCAGUCUAUCGGUGGUGAGUGAGAGCCGCUGGUUUGCAGGGUAAAGCUGCCUUUUUUUUCUAUAUCGUUUCCCUGCACUCUUUGAAUCUGUCCUGCUAUUUGCACAGAGGCUGCAAAACACAGCCCCCCCCCUCUCUCUCUCUCUCUCUCUGACUCGAUCCUACUGCAAAGGAGAAAGAAGAGGUAGGCAUUCACUGCAGGACUUAUCCAGCUGAAAGGUCCCCUCUCACCCCCACCCUCCUUUUUUUCUCUGAACUGUGCUAGCAGUCCCUCCUCACCCCUCACUCUUCCCAUCCCACCCAAGAAUUUCUUACUAAGUCACACACACACACACUGAGGACUAAGCUAAAGGAAAGCAAGAUAGAACGACAAACAACAAAACAGGCAGAUGGACAAACCUGGGCAUGGAAAAGUGGACAAGGAGGUAUGGAGGACUAGAGGCUCAUUCCUGCACAGAAGCACAGGAUGUGGUGAUGGGGUUCAUGCUAGCAUAGUCAUCACUCUUCUGAUUGGGGUAUGGUGUGCACAGGCACUGGAGGUAUCAGUGGGGAAGGUUAGCUUUGUAGAGGUGAUGAAUGGUAGCUCUGUGCUCUUACCUUGUACCUACAGUAGCUGUAUCGGCAUUCAAAACCUCUACUUCAACUGGAAGUAUAAUGACAAUGGGACUCUGAAUAAGCUUUGUGAGGGGGUGAUCCCAGCCGAGGGCUUGGAGCCUCAUGUGAUGAUCUACCAUGAGCGUUUGAUGUUCGUGGGCUCCAGUAAGGAGAGUAACAUCUCUGUACUGCUGUGGAACGUCACCUUCGAGGAUGAGGGAGAAUACAUUUGCUUCGCCCGCAACCCCAAAGAGAAGAACCGAAACCACAGUGCUAUAUUCAAUCUCAUCGUAGUCAACCAGCUUAAGGAAGUGGACAACACACUGACGAUCAUCAUCGUAUCUGUGAUUGGAGGGCUUAUUGGGCUGAUCAUUAUAGUCAUGGUGAUAAAGGCAGUGGUCCUACAUUUCCUCAACAAGGCCCAAGAGAAAAAUAAAGAGUGCCUUGUGAGCUCUUCAGGAAAUGACAACACAGAAAACGGACUUUCAGGUUCCAAAGCAGACAACAAAGCGUCACCAAAGGCAUAAAACGAGUAAAUGUGCUUCAGUGGAUGUUGAGAUAUGGCUAUAAAUAUGGACUGUUUUAUCUUUAUGGAAAACAAAAUGUUAACAUUAAUUUAGAUAUAUUCUAGAAUUUUGCGCUAUAUAUAUUUUAGAAAUAUUUAGUCUGAGUUUUGGGCUGGAUACCACACCUUUCAACAGCACUCGCUUUACACAGGGUUUAAAUAUGCAGUACUGUUUAACGUCUUAGACACAAACAAUAAUGAAAAAAUUUCUUUAAAAAUUUCUUUCUUAAGUAAGUCCUUAGUUUUGUUUUUUUUGAGUAAAACAGCCUUCAUUAUGUCUUUAUUACUGACACAUUUUUCUGUUUUUGGUGAAAAAAAAUAAUAUUAGAAAACUGAAAAUAAAAUGUUGACAAAAAUGCAGAAGUCAUAAAAUAAAGAACUAUAACACAAUUUGUUAAAAUAAAAUGAGGGAGUCUAAGACAUUUUAACAGCACUGUAUACAUAGAUACACUUAUACUUAAAGAAGGGUGACAAAUUAAAGGAAAAACUAACACCAAGUGCUUUAGUAAGAAGGUGGUGACCACAUUACUGUUAUUUCUCAAUGACCUCAAUUUUUUUCUCACAAAUCACAUGACUGCACAACGUCACAUGUUGAGGCUCCGGCCACUGAAGCUCCUGCCUUUAGUGAACUCUCUGUCAAAGACACACAGAUCAUUUCCUUUUCUCUUCCUGAUGCAGGAUGAAGGUAAAAUGAGCAGGAAGUGAGGCUGUUAACUGCUUAAUGCUAUCGGUAUUUCUCCACUCAUUUAUUCAGGGCUAUCCUUCAAUUUAUCACCCGGAUUUGUUCAUUUGUCCACUAGGUUCAGUUCAGAUACUGAAGAGAUACAGAUAUGAAGAGAACUACUACUUACACUGCCUAAAUAUUAACAACAAAUACAAGCAUCUAAAAUAUGCAGCCCGGAUAUUAACCUCUUUAUGAAUCUGUGGCAUGCUGAAAGGGAAAAUCCAGCCCAGAAUCAGAAACCUUUUAUUUGCAAACACAAAUAAUGUCCUGGAGAUCCAGUACACUUGUUAGAUGUCCAACACACCUGAUUUCACACGCAAGGUGUCUGAGUAACUAAAUAAGACGUGAACUCGGUGUGUUGGAAAAGGGAAACUCUUUAGUACUGUGUCCUUCAGGGCAGCUUUAAUCUAAUAUCCAUAUUUAGAAGAAGAAAAAAAACACAUGUGCCUGCUAAUGCUUCGAAUUUUUCUUGCUUUUUGAAAGUCUUUAAUGAAAAUCUUUGCUUUUAGGGAUUCUGCUAUAAAAACACAUCUGCUAUAAAAGGGAGAAAAAAGAAACUCCCUAUAAAAUAAGUUCCUUAGUAAGACAAUCCCACCCUUUUAAGGAAAAAAAAAAGAAGAAGUUCCUCCCUGCAGAACGUGAAUGAUCCUUUCUGAUGCUGCUUUUAACAAGUUAAUCAAUGCAUUUUUUUAAGGAACAAAACAGAAAGCAUGUGAAUGAUUUAUGUAUGUGCUCUUACCGGCUUACGCUUCACUCAGAUGACAGAUAACACGUUAAAUGAUACGCUGCAGGAGGCAGGAGGGGGUCCAUUUACAGCAACAUAAAUGUACCCAGUUUAUACCUGUAUGGUGUAAGGAUAUAGUGAAAAAAAAAAUGAGAGUACAGAUAUGAGAGAGAGAGAGAGAGAGAGAGGGAGAGAGAGAGAGAUUGCUGAGUGAUAAGCACAAAAAAAAAUACAGCUCCAUGUAUAAAAAUCCUUAAACUAUAAUCAUUACAUUGCUAUUACUAUUCUAUCAGACAUGCUAAUGUCAGGAUCGACUAAACCGAGAAUGAACCCAGAACCUUCAGUAACUUCGUUGUAUUCUCUAAGUCCAUAAAUCCUCUCUCUCUCUCUUGCUCUCUCGGUUUACAGGUAUAUAAAGAGCAUAUAUCUCUACGUCUUCCAUUAGAUUUGACUCUCAGAAUUCAGGGGCUCUGGCAAUCUCAGUUGUUUGGGAUAUUUUUAACAGAGCAGUUUUACAUUUCUUUUGUGUGUAGAUUUUGAGGAUUGAUGAGAUUUGACUUUCUGUUUAGUCCAAACUGAAACAGGAAGAAGAAAUGUUUCAGUUUGGUACACAGUAGAAACAUAAUUCACUUUAAAGGGUUAAUGUGUGGCAGCAAUAAGAGCAGCGUGGAACCCUGGCGUUCUGUGUGCUAUAUGGUUCAUCCUGUGAAAGCGGUAGUGCAUUUGUCAUUGCGCUGAGGUUCACAGCUUCGUACUGACGUCAUUAGCGUUAACUGUCCGUGUUACUGAUGAUUUCAGGAAUUGGGUAGAUGCUCUGAUUUCAAAAGGCAAUACUUGCCAGUCAUUCUUUCUUGUUUGUUCCAUUGAGACUGCGGUUUAAUUUCGUUGUUGUAUCUCUCACUGUACACACGUGUGUUUGGUGUCAGCCCCAUGGUCACACAAGCAAACAGCGAGAGAAGGCCAAACGUUUACUGUGGAAGUGUGUCGCUGUUUCCAGCGGAGAUACCAAGAGUAGGCUUUGUGUUUAAAGCACAUUCUAGCAUAACUAAGAUGAAAAAAGGAAUCCACUUAAAAAUCCUAUCUUUAUACGAUCUAUUCAUAAACAAACUCCAAGUACAAAAACAAUAUAAAGAAAUAUUUACAGUGCAGAGUGACAGCGUUCAGCAAGAAAACCGUGUGACUUCAGAGAACAGAAAGAACGCAGGCUGACAGAACGUCAACGAAAUUAGCCAUAAAAUCAAUUCAGAAUCGAAUGAAGUAAAUAUGAAUGGAAAUAUAUUUAAAAUUGAAACAGAAUUUAUUUUGCUUGCUGUUCUGAAUGUACUGUAGCUCGCAGUGCAGAUUUAUUGGCUAAGCCUUUGUCUCUAGACAUUCUGGCUGUCAUUGUUUUAUUGCUUAAGCAUGCCUAAGCAAUCUAGACUUAAUAUAAAAUCCUGAAAUAUAUGAAUGUACUUUAGCUUGCACUGCACAUUCAUUGCUUUUCCUGUAGCCUUGUUCUUUUUGUUAUUACUUAAGCAUGCAUAAGCAAUAUGGACUUAAUAUAACAGCGUGCUAAAUUAAAACAACUUAUAACAAAGCUCUUAAGGAUGGUUUAGAAGCUCUAGGCUUAGCGUAAUGCCAUAUUACAUGAUAAAACUUCAAGAUACUCGAGUCGUACAAUAAUGUUAAAAGAAGCGAGUGCCUGCAUGUCUCAAGAGUAUCCUGAUGCAUUCAAACGGCUCGUCGUAGUCUUUUAACUAGGUACACUUUACUUUUAUUCUUAAACCAUGUCAUUGUUAUCAGAGGAAGUUCCAACUCUGUUUUAUUAUUUAAAAAGAAAAAAAAGAAAAAGAAACAAAAAACUAACAAAAAAAAACAAAAAAUACCAAGCCCAGCCCUGCCCACUUGGUAUCUUGUACACUAAAAACAGUUUGUGUAACUCGCUACUCAGUCACAAUAAAAACACUGAGUGCCUCAAAAUAUAAAGCUACAUUUUUUAAAAAAAAGAUAUAAAACACAGAAUUUCAAAUGUGCACACUUCUCCAGCAAACAAGACACUCAGACCUUAACUCGAUCAUGAGAUUAUGAAAUGACCAACUGGAUUUCAGUGCUGGAUUUUAGAUCCUGCCCUUCUCUCACUGCCAAACCACAACACUGAGAGAUCUGCUCUCCACUCGACACAUUCCACUACAGAGAGCACUCUCUCUUUUUAUACUCACCUUUCCAGAUUCCUGAUAGAAUUAAACUAUUAUAUGCUGUAGUGACACAUGCAGAGAACACAAUUUAAUAAAGCGUUUUUAAUCGCAGAUUCAGUGAAUUUCAGCACUGAAACAGAAAGCCGUAACUUGUUGAUAACUCGUCCCCAAUCGCAAAAAUCCUCUGAAGAAAGUUCCAUUUUUUUCUUAUUCGAGCUUCUGAGUGUGUCUGUGUGGCCAACACUGGAGUAAAAGCUUCACACCGUCUGUCCUCAUUGCCUUGAAAAUGCUGAUAAACCUCAUCAACAUGACUCUAGAAAGCCAUCGUGCAAUCCGCUCGUCUCUGUAACUGUCCGUCUGUCCUUCUCCUUUACUAUGCACUUCAGUAGCAGAUUAUAAUUACAAAAAGAAUAUUACAAAUAAAA